AUGGCUGUGCUGCAUUUGUCUGGUGGCGAAGGGCACAGAUGGGAUGAAGAGGGCACAGAUGGGGUCCUGUGUCGCAGGAUUUGGCAUGAAAGCACUUGUCCAUCUACAAAUCAAAGCACCUCCUCGGAAACCUCAGAGUGGCUACUGUGGACAUUACAGAGAAAAGGGCUUUAUAAACCACAAGGUAAGUUAGAGACCAGUGUGAGUUAUGGUUAUCCCCAUUUUGCAGACAGAGAACCUGAAGCUGAGGGAAGGGGAGUGACUCCAGGCCACUGGCGUCUCUAUUCUGGUUCUCUGGAGAGCGGGCUGGCCCAGAAUUUUAACAAGAACCCAGGGGCCCAAGGCCUUCCUCCCUUGUCCCUCAUCCUCCCUAGGCCUUUAGCUUCUGCCCGGACAGUGGGGGAAUGGAGGGAAUUUGAGGGAGGAGGCUUCCCUUCUUCUCCCUUGGCCAAGGGACAAGUGUUAGUUCGGACGCUUUGCCCCCAGGAGGAAAAGGAACCAAACAUGCCUGCUUCCUCUGGGGGAGAGAGGCAAGGCCAGGGAGCCUGCUCCGCGGGGCCCAGAGCUGGGCUUCCACUCACUGAGUUCAGCGCCUGGCUCCCCCAGCCUGACCCUUACCCUCCUGGCACAGAGGCUGGCGGGCUCCCCCUUGGUGAAGGUGCAGGCGGCCCUCGGAGUCAGAGCCAGAGGUGGGAGCCAAGUCUGGCCUUGGCUAGGCCAGGCCCCUGUAGCCUCCUGGAGAAAGCCCUGGGAGAUGGAGCCCGGGCCCAGCCAGCCUGGUGUUGACAGCUGACAGAGGGUAACACUGUGAGGAUUUCAGAGGGCCGGACUGGGAAGGCCUGGGGGCAGCCUUUCCUAACUGGAUAGUGGGCAGAUCCCCGGGCUUGGACUCAGACACCCCUAAGCUGGGUGAGCCCGGGAGAGACACCCAACCUUGAUUUGCCUCAGUUUCCUAAUCUGUUCAAUGAGGAUAAUAACAGCACCUGCCUCCCAAUGGUGAGCGUCCAAGGAGAGAACAAUUGUAAAGCACUCAGCGCAGUGCCGGCACAUAGUAGGUGCUACAUCAAUAAUUAUUUCUAGGCAGCUGGGCAAUAGUGAGAGAACCUUAGACACGCAAUUAGAAAGACCUGAAGUUGAAAUCUGCCUCAGACACUAGUUGUGC